AGAUUUUUGAUAAUUUGUUUGUUUAUUAAUUGAUUUAUAGAUGGGUGCUUGUUAAUGCAAAUAGCAAUAAAAGGAAAUUGAGUGCGAUGAACAUCGCUAACCAUAUAAGGACAUCUAUGAAGGCACAUAAGGCAGCUUAAGUGAUUAUGAAUUGAUUCAGCCUCCUUUGGGAGAAGGAGCUUUUGGAGUGGUUUGGAAAGCAAAACAUAAAGCCAGCGGUUAAUUUAGAGCUAUAAAGCAAAUAAAUAGUAAACACUCUGAGGAAUAUCAAAAUAUUAUCAAUGAAGUUAACAUUUUGAAAUCGCUAGAUCAUCCAAAUAUUAUAAAGAUUUAUGACUUUUUUGAAACCAAUCAGAAAUUAUUCAUAAUAACAGAACUAUGUACAGGUGGAGAAUUAUAUGAUAAAUUGAUGGAGAUUCAUAAUUUUUCAGAAAUUGAUGCAGCAAAGAUCAUGAAACAAAUAUUACAGGCUUUAGCCUAUUGCCAUAAUUAGAGGAUAGUUCAUAGAGAUAUAAAGCCAGAGAACUUAUUGUAUGAGAGUGAUAAGAAGGAUAGUCAGUUAAAAGUUAUUGAUUUUGGCACAUCUAAAAGAACUACAGGAAAGAAUUUAAGAGAGAUUAUUGGAACAGCUUACUAUAUGGCACCCGAGAUGUUUACCGAAUAGUAUAAUGAGAAGUGUGAUAUUUGGUCAGCUGGAGUUGUCUUAUAUAUUUUGUUAUGUGGCAAGCCUCCCUUUGAUGGGAAUACUGAUGAUGAAAUCUUCGAAGCAAUAAAAAAGGGAACCUAUUCAUUAUCCUCAACUCAAUGGUUAAGUGUUUCACCAGAAGCUAAAUAAUUAAUCCGAAAGAUGCUUGAGUAUCAAUAAUCGAAAAGAUACUCAGCAUAAGAGUGUCUAAAUGAUCCUUGGAUACUCUAAUAUACAAAGGAAGAAGUGAAAGCCCCAGUCCUGGAAAGCGUCCUAACAAAUAUGAAGACAUUCAGAACUACUUAAAGAAUUCAAGAAGCAGCUUACAUGUACAUAAUAAAGCAAUUUACAACUAAAGAAGAGAAAGAAGAAUUACUAAAAACCUUUUAAAGUCUUGAUAAAAACUCUGAUGGGGUUUUGACAAAGAAAGAAUUACUAGAAGGUUAUAUGAAGAUAAUGCCUGAAUCAGAAGCAAUUUUAUAAGUUGAAUAGAUUAUGUAGUCAGUAGAUAAAAAUCAAUCUGGUAUUAUUGAUUAUUCAGAAUUUGUGAUGGCAACUAUUAAUAGAAAGACUGCCUUAACUUAAGAGCGAUUAGAAUAGGCUUUUAAAGUCAUAGAUAAAGAUAAUAGUGGAACAAUUACAAUCGAAGAGUUGAAGCAAAUGUUUUAAUCUGGAAAUAAACUUCCAUAAGAAACUUGGGAGUCUUUGAUGGCAGAAGUUGAUAAAAAUGGAGAUGGAUUGCUCUCUCUUAAAGAAUUUAAAGACAUGAUGCUCCGCUUAAUUUGA